UCGUCAUUGUUCAGGGAAGCCCUAGGCAAACCCUCUUGCUUGACACCAUGGUGCACUGGUCAGCUGAAGAGAAGCAGCUCAUCACCGGCCUCUGGGGCAAGGUCAAUGUGGCCGAAUGCGGUGCCGAGGCCCUGGCCAGGCUGCUGAUCGUCUACCCCUGGACCCAGAGGUUCUUCGCUUCCUUCGGGAACCUCUCCAGCCCCACCGCCAUCAUCGGCAACCCCAUGGUCCGUGCCCACGGCAAGAAAGUGCUCACCUCCUUCGGGGAAGCCGUCAAGAACCUGGACAACAUCAAGAAAUGUUUUGCUCAGCUGAGCAAACUCCACUGCGACAAGCUGCACGUGGACCCCGAGAACUUCAGGCUCCUGGGUGACAUCCUCAUCAUUGUCCUGGCCGCCCACUUCGGUAAGGACUUCACCCCCGCCUGCCAGGCCGCCUGGCAGAAGAUGGUCCGUGUGGUGGCCCACGCGCUGGCCCACGAGUACCACUGAGCCUCCCGCAAGCAUUCGUGCCCGGAGACGCUCCCAGCUCGCAGGGAAACGUCCUCUGGUUCUGCUGGUCUCUAAUUGCCAAAUAAACACCAACUGCUUCAGCCAUGAA